UGCGUCUCUGUGUGUUUUGCCGUCUGCCUGCUGGCCUGGGUUUGCAGACAGAGUUGCUGAGACAUUUCUGUCUCACGUCGACGCAGAAGAACGGGCUGGUGACAGCACUUUUGUUUGUGUUUGGCACCUCUGUCAUUCAAAUCAACAUCCUGGAAAACAAACACGGAAAACUGCACGCUUAGAGUGGCUCUGAUUACCGGUCCGGAUAUCCUUCGUCUGCAAACCUUCGUUGGGCAAUCCAUGGAAACAGUGACCAAUCAUGUGCAAUAUGGAAAAGAAUUGAGACCCUGAAUGCUGGAGACAGGACACGAUGCGUGUUGCACUGCGGCCUCGUAGUGGCUGCUUGGUGCUCUGUCUGUGCCUGUCUGUGGUCACCCUGCUGCUGCAGAGCCUCUGGGUGCCGCUUGAGAUGACCAGGAGUGAAGCUGCUGCUGGGAAAUCACCUGACAAACGAAGUGAGGGUCUUGGGCUCCACAGGCUGGCUGUUGGAUUGGAGGCCUUGAACACUCAGGUGCAGAGACUGAGCAGUAAAAGGGAAAAGAGCCAACUGAACAGGAACGAUCUCAGUUCACUGCUGCAGAGCUUCAGACGAGAGCAGCAGGGAUUGGCCCACCUGGUCGAGACGGAGCUGCAGAAAGUUUCACAGCGACUUGAUCAGCUCUCCCUUCAUCAUCAUCAUCAUCAUCUUUUUUGUUCCCGUCUUCCCCCCGCAGGACUUAACGAGGAGUGUGAGGUUCCAUCAGAUCCAGCUUACCCAGUGUGUGCAGAGAAGGUGGAGUUCCUGAGGGCACGGUGGCAAUCAGACCCAUGUUAUGCAUUUUAUGGGGUGGACGGCUCCACCUGCUCCAUCUUGGUGUAUCUCAGUCAGAUAGAAGACUUUUGUCCAGCCGGACCCGGAAUGAACCACACAGCGGUGCCGUGGCAUCACAAAACUGCUUCUUACACUGAGAAGGCUUUUAUACGGGGGACUCUGAGCCCGCUGUACGAGGUGAUCAGCAGCAGCAGCAGCAGCGCUGCAGUAAAGUUCAUCCGGUCCAGAGUGGAGAGGAUGUCAGAACGUUGGAUUUGGGCCGGGAGACGAAUGAAGACGAGCAGGAACCACACUGCCACACCUCAGAUGAAGGUGCUGCUUUAUCUCGGUGCCCUGGCCGGCAGCGUUGGUCACCGUUUUGAAGCGAUGGUGGACAAAGGAGGUCCUCUUGGAGAACUGGUCCAGUGGGCCGACCUCAGCGCCUGCCUGACCGUCUUGGGACACAACCUGACCAUCAGCACCUCGCAGCGUCAACUGCACAGCCUGAUAGGUGCUGCUCCGGGUCAGGGCAGCUGUCCAAUCCAGAGACCUCUCACCUUUGACCUCAUCUACACAGACUACCACGGCCUUGCUCACCUCCACAGAGCGAUGGGACUGGCUUUCCAACAUUACCAGUGUCGUUUCAGGAUUCUGGACUCAUUCGGCACAGAACCAGCCUUUAACUUGGCAAGUUAUGCACACAUUGGCGGAUAUGAAACCCUGUGGGGCAGCUGGGGUCUCCAACCUCUGCAGUAUUUGACCAUGUUCCCUCACACUCCUGAUAAUUCCUUCCUUGGCUUUGUUAGCGAAGAGGCAGCGAAGACGGGGAUGAGGGAGACCCGGCUCCAGCCAGGAAGCUACCAGAAAGACAGGAUAGCAGUCGUCUACGGCAAACAGGAAUACAUGUGGCAGGGGAAAUCUGAAUACGUGGAAAUGAUCAGCAAGGACCUGGAGAUUCACGGCACAGUUUACCAGCCUCCGGGACACACCUCUACUCUUCCCAGUUUCGUCAAAAACCACGGACUUUUGUCUCAGGAAAACUUCCUGCAGCUUCUCCGCAGGGCUAAGGUGUUUGUAGGUCUCGGGUUUCCCUAUGAAGGUCCUGCUCCCGUUGAGGCCAUAGCUCUGGGCUGUAUGUUCCUUCAGCCGCGCUUUGACCCGCCACACUCAUCCCUCAACAACGACUUUUACAAAGGCAAACCCACUACAAGACAGAUCACUUCUCAGCACCCUUACGCUGAGCAGUUCAUCGCUAAACCGUAUGUGUGGACUGUGGACAUGACCAACCGGACGGAUAUCAGGGAGGCAGUCAAGUCGAUUCUAAAAACGAAGGUGAAGCCUUUCACUCCUCCAGAGUUCACUUGCUUGGGAAUGUUGGAGCGAGUGCAACGUUACAUCACUCACCAGGACUUCUGUGGUAAAUCUGUCCCUGCAUGGCCUCCAGAGGGCGCUCUCAGGGUUCACCUGGGUCCGCUGGGAGAGUCGUGUGUGGACGUGUGUCAGCACGCCUCCCUCGUGUGUGAACCUGCUCUCUUUCGUCACCUCAACACCCCUGACGUUUUUACCAGGCUUGGACUGGGCUGCUCCAGCACGGCGCAGGAAGUCAACCACUUAUUCCCCGCCUACAGCCCUUGGGGUCGUCUCUGUGGCCUUCAGCGGGAGCCUCGGCUGUUCAGCUGCGCCGGAGCCGACUCUGCGCAUCGCAGACUAUGUCCAUGCAGAAGUCUCCAUGAAUGAGUGGAGGCUCGCCUACAGACCGCCUGUGGACACGACUGUGAAAGAAGUCAGGGAAAAUGAAUCAGCCGCAGGUAUAAAAUCAUCAGCCAAAGCGUCAGAGAACUUUGUAACCUUGUUCAUCUAUUGAAGUAGGAUAAAGUUCCAAAAUGGUUAAAAAAAAAAACAAACAACUGGACUUUUUUCCAAAGUUUGAAGACGUUUCGCUUCCCAUCCAGACAGCUUUCUCAAUUCAAACGGAUAUAACUUUCAAAAGCCUAAAACACAGCAAUAGAUUUGAUUCCUUCCAAUUUUCACCUCAAUCCUCACCUCCAUGCAGGUGACCACGACAUCUCCCCUGUAAACCAGGCCAAUGACCUUGCCUUGCAGAGGCAUGGACCAGUUUUGGGUUAAUUUGCAUGUUAUCUAAGCCAUAACAAGGCCUUUUUGGGCAAUAAUGUAAA